AUGGGCGGGCAGCGAGGCGGGAACCGGAAAGGACGGGCGGGCAGCGAGGCGGGAACCGGAAAGGACGGGCGGGCAGCGAGGCGGGAACCGGAAAGGACGGGCGGGCAGCGAGGCGGGAACCGGAAAGGACGGGCGGGCAGCGAGGCGGGAACCGGAAAGGACGGGCGGGCAGCGAGGCGGGAACCGGAAAGGACGGGCGGGCAGCGAGGCGGGAACCGGAAAGGACGGGCGGGCAGCGAGGCGGGAACCGGAAAGGACGGGCGGGCAGCGAGGCGGGAACCGGAAAGGACGGGCGGGCAGCGAGGCGGGAACCGGAAAGGACGGGCGGGCAGCGAGGCGGGAACCGGAAAGGACGGGCGGGCAGCGAGGCGGGAACCGGAAAGGACGGGCGGGCAGCGAGGCGGGAACCGGAAAGGACGGGCGGGCAGCGAGGCGGGAACCGGAAAGGACGGGCGGGCAGCGAGGCGGGAACCGGAAAGUACGGGCGGGCAGCGAGGCGGGAACCGGAAAGGACGGGCGGGCAGCGAGGCGGGAACCGGAAAGGACGGGCGGGCAGCGAGGCGGAACCGGAAAGGACGGGCGGGCAGCGAGGCGGAACCGGAAAGGACGGGCGGGCAGCGAGGCGGGAACCGGAAAGGACGGGCGGGCAGCGAGGCGGGAACCGGAAAGGACGGGCGGGCAGCGAGGCGGGAACCGGAAAGGACGGGCGGGCAGCGAGGCGGGAACCGGAAAGGACGGGCGGGCAGCGAGGCGGGAACCGGAAAGGACGGGCGGGCAGCGAGGCGGGAACCGGAAAGGACGGGCGGGCAGCGAGGCGGGAACCGGAAAGGACGGGCGGGCAGCGAGGCGGGAACCGGAAAGGACGGGCGGGCAGCGAGGCGGGAACCGGAAAGGACGGGCGGGCAGCGAGGCGGGAACCGGAAAGGACGGGCGGGCAGCGAGGCGGGAACCGGAAAGGACGGGCGGGCAGCGAGGCGGGAACCGGAAAGGACGGGCGGGCAGCGAGGCGGGAACCGGAAAGGACGGGCGGGCAGCGAGGCGGGAACCGGAAAGGACGGGCGGGCAGCGAGGCGGGAACCGGAAAGGACGGGCGGGCAGCGAGGCGGGAACCGGAAAGGACGGGCGGGCAGCGAGGCGGGAACCGGAAAGGACGGGCGGGCAGCGAGGCGGGAACCGGAAAGGACGGGCGGGCAGCGAGGCGGGAACCGGAAAGGACGGGCGGGCAGCGAGGCGGGAACCGGAAAGGACGGGCGGGCAGCGAGGCGGGAACCGGAAAGGACGGGCGGGCAGCGAGGCGGGAACCGGGAAGGACGGGCGGGCAGCGAGGCGGGAACCGGAAAGGACGGGCGGGCAGCGAGGCGGGAACCGGAAAGGACGGGCGGGCAGCGAGGCGGGAACCGGAAAGGACGGGCGGGCAGCGAGGCGGGAACCGGAAAGGACGGGCGGGCAGCGAGGCGGGAACCGGAAAGGACGGGCGGGCAGCGAGGCGGGAACCGGAAAGGACGGGCGGGCAGCGAGGCGGGAACCGGAAAGGACGGGCGGGCAGCGAGGCGGGAACCGGAAAGGACGGGCGGGCAGCGAGGCGGGAACCGGAAAGGACGGGCGGGCAGCGAGGCGGGAACCGGAAAGGACGGGCGGGCAGCGAGGCGGGAACCGGAAAGGACGGGCGGGCAGCGAGGCGGGAACCGGAAAGGACGGGCGGGCAGCGAGGCGGGAACCGGAAAGGACGGGCGGGCAGCGAGGCGGGAACCGGAAAGGACGGGCGGGCAGCGAGGCGGGAACCGGAAAGGACGGGCGGGCAGCCUGGCGGGAACCGGAAAGUACGGGCGGGCAGCGAGGCGGGAACCGGAAAGGACGGGCGGGCAGCGAGGCGGGAACCGGAAAGGACGGGCGGGCAGCGAGGCGGGAACCGGAAAGGACGGGCGGGCAGCGAGGCGGGAACCGGAAAGGACGGGCGGGCAGCGAGGCGGGAACCGGAAAGGACGGGCGGGCAGCGAGGCGGGAACCGGAAAGGACGGGCGGGCAGCGAGGCGGGAACCGGAAAGGACGGGCGGGCAGCGAGGCGGGAACCGGAAAGGACGGGCGGGCAGCGAGGCGGGAACCGGAAAGGACGGGCGGGCAGCGAGGCGGGAACCGGAAAGGACGGGCGGGCAGCGAGGCGGGAACCGGAAAGGACGGGCGGGCAGCGAGGCGGGAACCGGAAAGGACGGGCGGGCUGCGAGGCGGGAACCGGAAAGGACGGGCGGGCAGCGAGGCGGGAACCGGAAAGGACGGGAGGGCAGCGAGGCGGGAACCGGAAAGGACGGGCGGGCAGCGAGGCGGGAACCGGAAAGGACGGGCGGGCAGCGAGGCGGGAACCGGAAAGGACGGGCGGGCAGCGAGGCGGGAACCGGAAAGGACGGGCGGGCAGCGAGGCGGGAACCGGAAAGGACGGGCGGGCAGCGAGGCGGGAACCGGAAAGGACGGGCGGGCAGCGAGGCGGGAACCGGAAAGGACGGGCGGGCAGCCUGGCGGGAACCGGAAAGUACGGGCGGGCAGCGAGGCGGGAACCGGAAAGGACGGGCGGGCAGCGAGGCGGGAACCGGAAAGGACGGGCGGGCAGCGAGGCGGGAACCGGAAAGGACGGGCGGGCAGCGAGGCGGGAACCGGAAAGGACGGGCGGGCAGCGAGGCGGGAACCGGAAAGGACGGGCGGGCAGCGAGGCGGGAACCGGAAAGGACGGGCGGGCAGCGAGGCGGGAACCGGAAAGGACGGGCGGGCAGCGAGGCGGGAACCGGAAAGGACGGGCUGGCAGCGAGGCGGGAACCGGAAAGGACGGGCGGGCAGCGAGGCGGGAACCGGAAAGGACGGUCGGGCAGCGAGGCUGGAACCGGAAAGGACGGGCGGGCAGCGAGGCGGGAACCGGAAAGGACGGGCGGGCAGCGAGGCGGGAACCGGAAAGGACGGGCGGGCAGCGAGGCGGGAACCGGAAAGGACGGGCGGGCAGCGAGGCGGGAACCGGAAAGUACGGGCGGGCAGCGAGGCGGGAACCGGAAAGGACGGGCGGGCAGCGAAGCGGGAACCGGAAAGGACGGGCGGGCAGCGAGGCGGGAACCGGAAAGGACGGGCGGGCAGCGAGGCGGGAACCGGAAAGGACGGGCGGGCAGCGAGGCGGGAACCGGAAAGGACGGGCGGGCAGCGAGGCGGGAACCGGAAAGGACGGGCGGGCAGCGAGGCGGGAACCGGAAAGGACGGGCGGGCAGCGAGGCGGGAACCGGAAAGGACGGGCAGGCAGCGAGGCGGGAACCGGAAAGGACGGGCGGGCAGCGAGGCGGGAACCGGAAAGGACGGGCGGGCAGCGAGGCGGGAACCGGAAAGGACGUGCGGGCAGCGAGGCGGGAACCGGAAAGGACGGGCGGGCAGCGAGGCGGGAACCGGAAAGGACGGGCGGGCAGCGAGGCGGGAACCGGAAAGGACGGGCGGGCAGCGAGGCGGGAACCGGAAAGGACGGGCGGGCAGCGAGGCGGGAACCGGAAAGGACGGGCGGGCAGCGAGGCGGGAACCGGAAAGGACGGGCGGGCAGCGAGGCGGGAACCGGAAAGGACGGGCGGGCAGCGAGGCGGGAACCGGAAAGGACGGGCGGGCAGCGAGGCGGGAACCGGAAAGGACGGGCGGGCAGCGAGGCGGGAACCGGAAAGGACGGGCGGGCAGCGAGGCGGGAACCGGAAAGGACGGGCGGGCAGCGAGGCGGGAACCGGAAAGGACGGGCGGGCAGCGAGGCGGGAACCGGAAAGGACGGGCGGGCAGCGAGGCGGGAACCGGAAAGGACGGGCGGGCAGCGAGGCGGGAACCGGAAAGGACGGGCGGGCAGCGAGGCGGGAACCGGAAAGGACGGGCGGGCAGCGAGGCGGUAACCGGAAAGGACGGGCGGGCAGCGAGGCGGGAACCGGAAAGGACGGGCGGGCAGCGAGGCGGGAACCGGAAAGGACGGGCGGGCAGCGAGGCGGGAACCGGAAAGGACGGGCGGGCAGCGAGGCGGGAACCGGAAAGGACGGGCGGGCAGCGAGGCGGGAACCGGAAAGGACGGGCGGGCAGCGAGGCGGGAACCGGAAAGGACGGGCGGGCAGCGAGGCGGGAACCGGAAAGGACGGGCGGGCAGCGAGGCGGGAACCGGAAAGGACGGGCGGGCAGCGAGGCGGGAACCGGAAAGGACGGGCGGGCAGCGAGGCGGGAACCGGAAAGGACGGGCGGGCAGCGAGGCGGGAACCGGAAAGGACGGGCGGGCAGCGAGGCGGGAACCGGAAAGGACGGGCGGGCAGCGAGGCGGGAACCGGAAAGGACGGGCGGGCAGCGAGGCGGGAACCGGAAAGGACGGGCGGGCAGCGAGGCGGGAACCGGAAAGGACGGGCGGGCAGCGAGGCGGGAACCGGAAAGGACGGGCGGGCAGCGAGGCGGGAACCGGAAAGGACGGGCGGGCAGCGAGGCGGGAACCGGAAAGGACGGGCGGGCAGCGAGGCGGGAACCGGAAAGGACGGGCGGGCAGCGAGGCGGGAACCGGAAAGGACGGGCGGGCAGCGAGGCGGGAACCGGAAAGGACGGGCGGGCAGCGAGGCGGGAACUGGAAAGGACGGGCGGGCAGCGAGGCGGGAACCGGAAAGCACGGGCGGGCAGCGAGGCGGGAACCGGAAAGGACGGGCGGGCAGCGAGGCGGGAACCGGAAAGGACGGGCGGGCAGCGAGGCGGGAACCGGAAAGGACGGGCGGGCAGCGAGGCGGGAACCGGAAAGGACGGGCGGGCAGCGAGGCGGGAACCGGAAAGGACGGGCGGGCAGCGAGGCGGGAACCGGAAAGGACGGGCGGGCAGCGAGGCGGGAACCGGAAAGGACGGGCGGGCAGCGAGGCGGGAACCGGAAAGGACGGGCGGGCAGCGAGGCGGGAACCGGAAAGGACGGGCGGGCAGCGAGGCGGGAACCGGAAAGGACGGGCGGGCAGCGAGGCGGGAACCGGAAAGGAUGGGCGGGCAGCGAGGCGGGAACCGGAAAGGACGGGCGGGCAGCGAGGCGGGAACCGGAAAGGACGGGCGGGCAGCGAGGCGGGAACCGGAAAGGACGGGCGGGCAGCGAGGCGGGAACCGGAAAGGACGGGCGGGCAGCGAGGCGGGAACCGGAAAGGACGGGCGGGCAGCGAGGCGGGAACCGGAAAGGACGGGCGGGCAGCGAGGCGGGAACCUGAAAGGACGGGCGGGCAGCGAGGCGGGAACCGGAAAGGACGGGCGGGCAGCGAGGCGGGAACCGGAAAGGACGGGCGGGCAGCGAGGCGGGAACUGGAAAGGACGGGCGGGCAGCGAGGCGGGAACCGGAAAGGACGGGCGGGCAGCGAGGCGGGAACCUGA